AUGAUGGAGCUCAACGCAAGCUUCAAUUCAACACCUAUUCAAUUCAACACUAAUUCAACGCCUGCUGUGGGUUCAGAGAAGAUCGCUCCUGCUGUGGUUCUGGGUUUGUGUUGUUUGGUGGGUUUGCCGAGCAACAUUGCAGUAAUCGUCAGCAUUGCUCGUGAGUGGAACAAAAAUCUGAGCUUCACUUUAAAACUGAUGCUCAACCUUGCGGUCUCUGAUGCUUUGAGUCUUUGCUUGGCUCCUUUUGUGCUGUUUGGAAUACUAUUUGGAUGGAAAUUUGGCCUUUGGUUUUGUAAGAUUCUGUUCUUCAUGGGUCACUGGAGUCUGUAUGUUGGUGUCCUGACAGUCACGUCCAUGAGUGUGCACCGCUAUCACAAUGUCAUCAAGACAAGGGUCGCUAACAGGAUGAUUCUGCACAGGCUGGAGCGACGACACAGACACCUUCAGCUGAUCUGCAUCUGGACUCUCGCCUUUGUUUUUGCCCUACCAGUAUUUUUCACCCAAGGACUCAAAGACAGGGAUGGUUUCCAAAGAUGUCAGAGGACAAUGAGUUCACUGGCUGUAGAAGUGACUGUAUUAUUUCUUGAGAUCCUGUUGGGGUUUGUCAUUCCAUUUUUAAUCAUGUUGACAUGUUAUCUGUGGCUGCAUAAAGGUUUGAGUCAAAACUCCAGCUUAACAAGAGCUCCACAGGAGCAGGAAUCCAAAAACCGGAGAACUAACUUCAAGGUUUACAAGAAGAGACUUGUGAUCAGCAUCGUUGUGGCUUUCUUUGUGUUUUGGACUCCUGUGCACAUCAUCAAUGUGAUUGAUAUAGUAAUUACUCUGACUAAAACAUCUGAUCCAGAAGUUCAUUCCCAGCUGAAGUCCUUCCGUCGUGUUUAUGGUGACUUAAGCAAGGCUUCGGCUUUGUUUAACUGUUGUUUGAAUCCUUUCCUUUAUGCUAUUUCUUUAGGAAAUCUUGUUAAAUGUUUCAGAAAGAGAUGA